AACGGGUUUCUCUAUAUAAAGACUGCCUGACCGAUUUUCUCUUCGUCAUUUGGAACUGAAUAUUCUUGGUAGUAAGAUUAUAAUACCGGCAAAAUGUUAAGAAUUGUGAUUCUCUUAUUCGUUGCGCUGCUCGUCGCAAUUACAGCAGCACUACCGACCACACCGACCACAUCGCCAUUUAAAGAUCUUUCAACGAUAGCCAGAGCGGCCGCGCCUGAGCCCGCUCGUCUUAAACGUCAAUAUGGUGGAUUUGGUGGUGGUUUCGGUGGUGGAUUCGGCGGACACGGUGGUUUUCACGGUCAUCACGGUGGUUAUGGGCACCGAGGAUUCGGAGGAUAUGGACACGGAGGAUAUGGACACGGAGGAUUUGGUCACGGAGGAUUUGGACACGGAGGUAUCGGAGGCUGCAGAGGAUGCGGAGGAGGUUCACACUAUCCCAGUGGUGGUUUCGCCAACAGCAGAGCCAAUGCCGGUUCAAUAAGCACGCCGUUCGGCAGCGGUGCUUUUGCGAGCUCGUCUUCUAAUGCUGGUGGAUUUGGACGAUGAAGGACUUGCAUAAUGAAACGAUCACUGUCAUUAAAAAUAAACUCAUAUGUGACAAUAUAUUAAUUGUACUUGUAUAGUUAUUAUAUGUAUAAACUCUGAAAUCUUACGUUUUCAUGCAGAAUAAAUUUAUUAUAAACAAAA